AUGUGGAUUGAAGAAGUUAACAGACUUUGUCCUGGAAUUCCUGUUAUUUUAGUUGGAUUAAAAACAGAUUUAAGAAAUAGCGAAACAGAAAUUGAAGAUAUGAGGAAUAAAGGCCUUUCUUUUGUUGAUCCAAAACAGGGAGAAACAAUGGCGCAACAAAUAGGAGCAAAGAGAUAUAUAGUAUGUUCAGCAUUAACGGGAGAAAAUGUUGAUCAAGUUUUUGAAGUUGCUUCAAGGAAUGCUUUAUUGGUAGGAG